AUGAUGAUCAGGUGUUUAUUAUGUGCUAUUUUUAUUCUUAUUAUCAACUAUUUGGUGGUUCAUGGUAGUGCUGAAGGAAUUUUCAAAGCCAAAGCGUUCGUCGCUUUCCCAUCUCCAACUUCCAGCAUUUUCGAUUGGGUCCCUUUCAAACCAUCUGGAUCUAGACAGUCCACUCCCCUGAUACGUCUAAAAGUACGAGCUAUCAAUCGAGUAGUCUACACUAAGAAAGACUCAUUACUCAAAUCAGUUGAGAAUGUUGAAGAAUACAAGAAAGAGCAGGAAAAACAGUUCGAAGCGAAGCCAACAUCAAUCGAGGAGAAAGUUAUACGUGUGAAUGAACCGGAUAAAAUGUAUGAAAAAGGAGAAGAGCCGAAGAUAUUUCUAUUCCCGAAACAAGGAGGGACAGUUUCGAAAAUUGGAGAUGAUUUCGGAAAGGAAGAAGUUAUUGGAGAAGAAAAUGAUGAUUAUGGAGGGAAACCGAAGGACGACGAUUUUCAUUUAAUGUAUGAUGACGAGUUGAAAGAGUAUGUGCUGAAAAGACAACUGAAAAUGGAUAAAAAUGGAAUAAUUGACUCAUGGAAUGGUGGAGAUUCGAAAGAAAAUGGAGGAAGAGAGAAAGUUGGAGAAGAAGAGGAAGGAGAAGACGAUGAAGCGAGAAGGAUUCUGGAGAGUGAAGAAGAAGGACUUGGUGUUCAAGGGAAUGGUACGAUUCUGAAAGAGAAGAAGAAGAAGAAUUUCACGGAGGUGACUUUGGAGGAGGAGGGUUUAAAUUUGGAAGAUCUUGAGUUCAAACAACACGACUUCCGACCGGGAAAAAGCAAAAUCCGAACUUAUGACCUUGCUGUGAUGGAUCCUCGAUUCCUAGAGAAAGAGGAAUUCUCUGUUCGUCUUACACCUCAACAACGUUCGGACUGGAGGGAUAAACUGAUUAAUCUGACACUUUUGGAGGAGAGAAGAGCAGACGAACACAGGGAUUACGGUAGCAGUUAUAUUCUUCCUGUUCUCAAAAGUGUCGAUUAUGAUAAUACAAGUGUUCCGUUGGCGUUUAAUGACAUCCCUGUGAAUGUUGCGGUGGCUUUCAAUUUUCUGUAUCUGGCAAAUUUCGACAGUGAAAUGAUGGAGUUUUCAAUGGACGUUGAGAUGGAGUUCUCGUGGAUUGACAUAAGGCUAGUCAGCAACUACACCAAGCCAAUCAGAAUCCGCGAGAAACCUAUCAUCGAACAAAUCUGGAGACCGGACCCUUAUAUCGUGAACUCAAAACACUCAUACUUUCAUUAUGUCUCUUUUCCGAAUAUUCGAAUGAGAAUAACACCAGAAGGGUUGGUGACGUAUACAGUCAGAGUAUCAUCAGUCUGUUCAUGUUUUAUGUCAUUUUGUUUAUACCCACACGAUAGACAAGAGUGUGAUUUGAGGAUUGCUUCCAUUGCAUAUUCGAAUCAAUAUGUCAAGUUUCACUGGCACUCCAAUCCAAUCAGAUUCCAGUCGAAGAUCACAUUGCCAGAGUUACACAUUACUAAAAUCAAGACUGGAGAGUGUUCGUUGAAGGGGAAAUUGGUUGAUGCCUCCUGCCUCAAAAUCCUUUUCUCUUUGGAAAGAGACAGUGCUCGAUUCGUCAUCGAAAAGUAUGUACCAUCCACGUUGGCUAUGAUGUUCGCAUGGGUGGCACCGUAUGUACCAUACAAUUAUGAAGAUGUCAGAAUCAUUACUCCGAUUACGGUACUGCUUACUUUGGUUCAAAUGGAGAAGGGAGACAAAGAAAUCCGUACAUCAUACCUCACUUCCAUUGAUGUCUGGUUUGCAGCCAUGAAAUCAUUUACUGUUUUGUCUCUUCUUGAAUCUUUAGCUGUUCUGGCAUUGAUCAAAAGAAGCAGAGCAAUGACGAAAAAUGCAGAGAGAGCUGCAAAUGAAUUCGAAAGAUGUACGUUUGAAGCAGAAGCAUAUCGACUGAAUCGACUGUAUCAUCGUGUCGAUUCGAUUUGUAGAUUCUCAUCUCCGGUUGUUUUUGUUGCUUUCUUCGUUUAUUAUGUACUAUUUAUAGCUCAAGGAAAUGAGAAUUGUGUUCAAAUAUAA